GCUGCAAGCUGUGAGGAACUUGAAAUAGGAAAAUGAGAAGCUAAAGCAUUCUAAACGAAAAAAGGCUUUAGUGCAACCAAAUUUUAGAGACUUCCUUCCUUUUCUAUCUUCUGUUUUCGUAGUCAUAGUCUGGUCAGACUAUAACACAGAGUGCAAUAAGGUUAAACCUGCUGGCCUGAGAUCUUAGUAUUGUAUGCUAAAAGUUGUCUUAUGUUUAUAAUCUUUCAGUAAGGAGUUCUGAAUGGUUCAUCAAGAAAAGAAAAAAACCUUAGCAGACAGCCUGAAAAAGGCAGAGACACAGAAUGGGUGAUUGGAGUUUGUCAGUCAGUUGUCUGGGAGAAGCCACACUUGCCAGAUUAAGUGAGCUGCUUGACAACUCCACCCGAGGAUGGAGGAAACUAGCAGAUUUAAUUGGUACAGAGCGCCGCUUCAAAUGCAGUGAAAAGGAACUAGAGAAUUGUUCCCUCCAAGUCUUGGCGGCCACAGGGAGCCCUAGCCGCUACCUCCUUCAGUUGCUGUCAGAACGAGCCUGCACCUUACGGCACCUGCUUAACUGCUUGGAGAAGAUGGGACAUAAGGAAGCAGCACAGCUGCUAACAAGUGCAGUGCAGACAUCCAUAAGAAUCACCAUACAACCAGACUCCUGCAGUAGUGUAGAAGGAGAGAAAGUAUCUCUAAUUUGCCAGGCUGCUGGGCCUCCAGGAUUGGGGUACCAGUGGUUUCGAGGAAACCAAGAGGUAACCAGUGCUACCUCCUCAGUGUUGGUGUUUAACUCAGUCUCCUUGCUGGACGCUGGCUGGUAUAUCUGUCGGAUUCACCAUGGGAACAACUGCACCUUCUCUCAGUGGGCUCAACUCAGAGUGACCAGCGGGAGAAGCCCAACAGAAAAUGGCUACUGUGCAACACUGUCUGGGCUGAAGAUAUUGGUUCAACCAAACUCACAGGUUCAGAGAGAGGGUGAUACGCUGGAGCUAGUCUGUUCUGCAAUAGGAAACCCCCCACCACAGUAUCAGUGGUUUAAGGAUGGAAGGCCAGUUCCUGAUGCCAAGCUGCCAAAAUUUAAGGCUAAAUGUGUGACCACAGCAGAGAGCGGGAAGUACAGAUGCCAAGUCUUUAAUCUGUUCCAGGAGAUCUGGAGUACAUCUGCCACUGUAGUGAUUGGGUCCAAAGCAGUUGUUCCUGGAGAGUACCUGGAUGAAACAUAUACAGAUUCUAGGUAUGAAACUAAACAGACUUUUCAUCAGCACCACAGUGUUCCCGAACAGUCAGUAGACCCAACCUAUGACCCAGGUAUGUAUUCAGAAGAGGGUUGCAGGGAAGACAUUUUUGGAUCUGUGGCAGGUACCACUGAAGAUGAGCAAUUUAGCAGGACCUGCCAGACAAGCAGCUUUUAUGCCACAGACAAAGUUGCCCUUUUGAUAGGGAAUAUGAACUACUUAUACCAUAAGCAACUGAAAGCUCCAAUGGUGGAUGUCCAUGAACUGACCAACCUACUCUGUCAGCUUAACUUCAAGGUCGUGUCACUGCUUGACCUGACUAAGUGUGAGAUGCAACGAGCAGUUCGAGAGUUUCUUAUGUUGCUGGACAAGGGGGUGUACGGUUUGCUGUACUAUGCUGGCCAUGGCUAUGAGAACUUUGGAAACAGUUUCAUGGUUCCCAUUGACGCUCCUGGGUCCUACACAUCAGAACAUUGCUUAUGUGUCCAAGGUAUCCUGUAUCACAUGCAGCAAAGGCAGACCGGACUGAACGUCUUCCUUCUCGACAUGUGUCGCAAACGGAAUAUAAAUGAUGAUAUUAUCCCACUGAUGGGAGCCCAGAAAGUCACAGCCAACAUAGUGUUUGGUUACGCUACGUGCGUUGAUGCUGAAGCGUAUGAGGUGAGCCAGGGAGUACUUUCGAAUGGGAUCUUUGUUAGCUUUCUGAAACGCAGACUCCUAGAGGAUGAGAAGAUCACUGUCCUGCUUGAUAAGGUCGCAGAAGAUAUGGGCCAGUGUGAAAUAACCAAAGGUCGACAAGCCUUAGAGCUUCGGAGUAACCUUUCAGAGAGACGAGCACUAACUGACAAAAUCAAGCAGUCUAGCAGCUUGGAUGAACACUCUGCCAGGAACCUGCAGUGGGCCAAAGCACAUGUCUUGCCAGAAAGCAGAUAUAUAACAUUUGAUUGUGGAAUUAAGGUUCAGCUGGGGUUUGCUGCCGAAUUCUCCAACAUUCUUAUCAUUUACACAAGAAUAGUUGAGACUCCUCCUGGUAUCUUAUGGAGUGAAGCAAGACUCACAGACUUCACUGAGAAUUUGGAUAUAGACUUGAAGUUCAUGAACAAAGAGAGUCCUGAGGAGACUGGAAGUAUUCUUUUCACAACUGCUUCACUGAACAUCUCUACCACCUGUCUGUACACCCGUCUCUGCAGCCUACAGAAACUGAAAAAAGAGCUGAUCUUUUCCAUUUGUCUUCAGUAUCAAUAUAAAGGAAUUGAUGACUUCAUUCAAGAACGACAGGUAGUGAACAUUGGCAGGCCACUUGUUGCAAAACUCAACCUCCAUACUGAUACUAGUUUAAAGGAUUAUCUACAAUUCGAUAACUUUUGUAGCUCACAGUUUUUGCCUUCUUACCCAUGUAUAAGGAAAACGUCUGUCCUCCCGUCUAUGAACAUGAGUCCACUGGAGGCCAAAAGCACAGGUUCUGAUUCAUAUAUGACGGAAACAACCAUGAACUCUAUUCAGAACAGUAGCUCAACAGACACAGAGUGUCAUCUAUCUACAGCUAAAUUCAAUAAGGUAAAUAUUCCUGAAGAGACACUUAGCCCAGAAUUUGAUGAUACACAGUUUCAUUACUGGUCUGGACCUAUUACUACUGACACAUCCAAUUCCUGCCUUAAAAAAAUCAGUGACAGUGGGCCAAAGACAUUUUAGAUUGUCCCUUUUCCUGACUUUGAUGUCAGCAACACUUUGAAAACACUUUUAAUCCUCUUCUUUACAGAGUUCUCAGAAAAAAAUAGGACAGUACUAUGUAGAGCACUGCAUGGGUAAUGCAGAGCAGUGGGUGUUGAGUUAUGCAGAGCACUGGAUGUUGGGUUAUGUGGCAUAGUGGAUGCUGGGUUAUGCAGAGCACUGGGUGUUGGGUCAUGUGGCACAGUGGAUGUUGGGUUAUGCAGAGCACUGGAUGUUGGGUUCAUAGGUAGGUACCAAGCUAUUGGCCCUAGGGCCUAUAUAAGCCUUGCCAAAAAGGUACCCU